CUCCAUUACAUGCGUGUAUGUUGGGUACACAACAAAUUGUAUACAAAGUUUUAACCCGUUUUCUGUUACGCGUUUAUUAAUUAUCGAAACAUUAUUGCUUUGAUUUGUUUAUAUUUUCUUUUAAUCUCAGAUAAGUAACAUAAAUCUAUAGAUGUAUUAAUCAAAUUAGUGUCGAAACAAUAGUGAGCUGUGUCAACACCGCCUGAUAUUUAGUCCAUCCUCCAUCUUGUUUAUUCACAUGAGAGAGCGGUUGACGAUACUUUAGGGGCAUCAUGGAUGAUCAACAAACAUUUAUCAAAGCGGAAGAAGAAUCCAUCGUGUUUGAAACUAAUGAAGAACUUACCGUCGUUCCUUUACUUUCGGACGUUCCCGAUAUUAUUUCUGCGAUUGAGGUCACCACCGAUACGGAUGGUCAUUUUAAAAUAAGCACAAUCGAACAAACUAGCGAUUCAAUCGACGAUGAACCAAGAGAAAUUGCUUUAGAAAUCGAAGCUGAAGAAUAUGAUGAAAGUCAAAACAUCGAUUAUACACUUGAAGAACAAGAGGUGGAGCAAGAAGAUGAGGAUCAAAAUGAGGUUGAGGAAAUGGAAGAGGACGCAGAUGAUCCUGAUUAUGAGUAUCCAUAUGAUAAUAAAGAAAAGGAAAUGGAUGAGUAUCAUGCUUGUGAAUUUUGUGAUAGGUGUUUUAAAACUGCAACGAGUCUUAAAAGGCAUGUAACUGUGACUCAUAGUGAAGAUAGGCCUAGUGAUGAUCCAUUGGCCUUUGAAUUAUGUUAUUGUUGUGGAGAACCUGUUGAUUCAGCUCACAUGACUGGUGAUAUAACAUGUCCAAAUUGCGACAAACGUUUUGUAUUUGAAGAAAAUUUAAGUAGACAUAUGUGUAUUGAUCACAACAAAGGUGAUUUAUAUAAUUGCAGUGAAUGUAAAUUACAAUGUAACAGCAAACAAGAAUUAAUUGAUCACUUAGCUGUACAUCCCUUAUCUAAACCAUUUUCUUGUAAGGCUUGUAAUAAAGAUUUCACAAGAAAAUACCACCUUGAUCGUCAUAUUGCCCAAACUGGAUGUGAUGGUGGUCCAAAAAAUAAUUUCCAAUGUAAUGUAUGUUACAAAGAAUUCGCUCGGAAAGAUAACUUAAGAGAUCAUUUAAGAGCUCACGCUGGACAAACCAAAAAAAAGAAAGUUUUUGUUUGUAUGUAUUGCGAAAAAGUGUUUCAAGGGAGCGGGUUAUUAUCAGUUCAUUUAAGAACUCACACCGGAGAACGUCCUUAUGCAUGUGAUUUAUGCCCAAAACGAUUUCCAUCUAGUGGCGCUAUGAAAAAACAUCGAAGAAUGCACACUGGUGAAAAACCGUAUGAAUGUUCGAGGUGUCAAAAACGCUUUGCAGCUAAAGAAACAUUAAAUAGACAUAUUCGUACUCAUACGGGAGAUAAACCCCAUUCAUGUCACUUUUGUGGUAAAAGUUUUAUUCAAGCCGCACAAUUACGUGCACAUAUUUUUCAUCAUACCGGUGAAAAUGCAUUUACUUGUCCGCAUUGUAAUCGCGCUUUUAAUCGUCGAGUUCGAUUAACAACUCACAUUCAAUUUGUACACGAAGGAGCUCAACCAAUGCAAUGCGAUCAUUGUACUAAAUCAUUUUAUCGAAGGGAAGAUUUACAACGCCAUCUUCUAUUACAUACUGGUGUUAAACCAUUUCAAUGUGAAGUUUGUAAUAAAAAAUUUGCUGUUAAAUCCUCUUUAAAAUUACAUAUGUUGACUCAUCGCAAAGAACCACCUUGUAGCUGUGAUGAGUGUGGACGUGCUUUUAUAAGACAAGAUUGUCUUUUAAGACAUAUGAGAGCUAAACAUCGUGAUGUUCUUGAAGAUAUAAUGGCCGGCGCUGAAAAGAAACGCUUACAAGAACAAUUAUUGAAUGUAGCCCAAGUGGUUGCAUCUGGAAAUAAUACUACUUUGACGGUUCAACAAAGUACUAUUUGGGAUGAAUUAACUUUAACUGAUUCGAUUAAAGAAUUGUUGGGUUUAUUGGUGGAUGAAAGUACAUUGAAAGAUUUUGGAUGGCCGGAUACGCCAGUUGAUAAAAUGUUGGAUUCAGUUAUAAGAAGAUGCGGACAUAAACCGGCUUCUAAAGAAGAUUUUGAUUAUAUUGGGAGAAUGAGAGAGAACGCAAAGCUUCUUUUUACUGUUGUUAUUGAUGAUGAUACCAUUAAGAGUUUAUUGAAUAAUCAAACUGUUGAUGAAGUUAUUUUACAUGUUUUACGUUUGGCUAAAAAUGAUUAAAAAGGAACUACAUUUAUAUAAAUUUUUAUCAUUUUUAGUAAAAAAAAUAUAUUUUUAGUUUUCUUUAGUUUAGUAUGUAAGUUUUAGGUUAAGUUUUUUCACCAAAAGUAUUUUUGUCUUUAUUUGGUGGCAUUUGCACCAUUUCUGUUCUUUUUUUACGAUGAUGUUUAACAUUUUUAUUUUACAAUAUUCACAUUAUUUGUAUACACGUACUAUAAUUUUUGUAUUUAGUUAGAGCCGAAUAUAAACAGAACACACUAACGUAGAUGUAUUAUAAAAUUGUUAAAGAUUUCUUACAAAUAUAUUUUCUAUAUUAAUAAAUCAUUGCUGGGGGA